AGAACAAGUGUGUAAAUGACACUGGUUAGAGAGAGAAGGCACCAGCAGGGACUCCGUUUAUCCCUACCACCACCACUACCUGCAGCUGAUUUCCGGCAACGGUCUCAUUACGCGGCGUUGCUGUCAGCCAUUGGUCCGACAUCUCCAGACAUCGAAAGCCUCUCCGACCUCGAGAAACUAUCCGUCAUUGGCCACGGCAAUGGUGGCACUGUGUACAAAGUCCGUAACCGUAAAAGCUCAUCCGUUUACGCUCUAAAAGUCCUACGUUUCGAUCAGAAUGCGGCCAUAAUACGGCACCAAGCGGCGUGUGAAGCUGAAAUCCUGAAAAGGGUAGAUUCCCAAUUCGUCGUGAAAUGCCAUGCGGUGUUCGACGCCAUAGGAGGAGAACUCUGCUUCGUUAUGGAGUACAUGGAGAGAGGAUCCUUGUACGAUGAACUCUCCGUCAGGGUGAAUUUGCCCGAAGAUGUUAUUUCCGGUGUUGCGCAAAGAGUUUUACGAGGGUUGCAUUAUCUGCAUGGGAUGCAAAUCGUGCAUGGCGAUAUAAAACCAUCGAAUCUACUGAUAAAUGGGAAAGGAGACGUGAAGAUUGCAGAUUUUGGAGUAAGCAAGAUCGUCGUAGGCACCCGUAACGCCUGCGACACGUGCAUGGGAACAUGCGCUUACAUGAGCCCAGAAAGGGUCGAUCCCGAGAGGUGGAACGGGUGCCACGCCGACGGUUUUGCCGGUGACGUUUGGUCGCUCGGCGUGGUGGUCUUAGAAUGUUUUGUGGGUCAUUAUCCGUUGAUUGGUCUAGGGGAAAAACCCGAUUGGGCGGCUUUGAUGUGUGCUAUAUGCUUCAGGGAGAGGUUGGAGAUGCCUGAGACGGCUUCGCCGGAGUUUAGGAGCUUUGUGAGGAGGUGUUUGGAGAAAGAAUGGAGGAAGAGAGGGACAGUGGAUGAGCUUCUUGGUCACCCUUUUGUGAAUAGGAGUUUUGGAGGAAGUUCCAAUGAAGGAUUCAUCGAUUUUGCUUUGCACCAUUGAGUUUCUUCAAUUUUGCUAGAAAAAAAUUUUCUUUUCAAGCCUUUAGCUUUGAUCUCCAUCGUUGAUGGACCUUUGGGUUUCCAAUAUUUUGGUCGUACAUAUAAAUUCUGUUGUUGGAAAUGGCUGGUUAAUAUUCAUGACAGAAUGGAAAGCUAAACCAGUGAGCUGCUGGCAAAUGAUUCCCACUAGGAGAGAAAUGUGUUAGUAAAGGUGAGACCAGACCUGGUGUACAACAUGAUCGAUGGGUUAUUUUUGGCCAUUACCAUAAAACAUUCGGAUGUCUUAACUAAACUAAUCAAGUAGUUCUCAUGGUGUUGCUGUUGAUGGCACUUGGAUUUUCAUAAAAGUUCUUGGCUUAGCUGAAUCUAGAACAAGAUCUCAUUAACUAAUUUCAGCUUACUUCUAGCAAUCAAGUUAUAUCAGGGAGUUACUGGAUUUAUAUCAGUUCUUUUUGUUGAGAAGGAUUCAUACCAGAUUUGCACCCUGUAUGAUGAAAUUAUGUACACAUAGAAUCAGACAGACCAAAUCUAAGUCCUCUUCCGAUUCCAGACAAAACACACAGAAGACCAAAUUGAUGGCAGCCUGUAGUCUAGCUGAGCUCUA